AUUUAAACGAUAGUUAUAUCAAUGUAUUUUGUAAUUUUUUAAUAUUCAGAAAACUCACGUCGUGUUGUCAAAUUAUUAAAUUAUUGUGAUACUAGAUCAAUACUUUACUUAAAUCGUACAGUAAAAUGUUUAUUGUAUACAAAAUUUUAUAUAUAAACGAAUAAUAAAAAUAUUGCCUGUGACCUAUAUGGGUAUUAUUUGAAUGAAAUAUUUCUAUAAACUCUUUCAAUAUGAAAAUAUUUCGAAAUACUCAUAUAAAGUUUGUGCACACUAGUAUAUAUUUGCAGAAAAAACCUUCUGUAUUGUACGAUCAACGAGUAAAAAAUGGUGAACUUAUAGAUGAUAAUCAUCAAAGACAAAUAAUACAAAAUUUAGAUGAUGUGUUUAUAUCACUGGAAGACUAUUCUCCUCCAUCAAAUAAUAUACUUUCAACAUUUUUUGGUAAACUUAAAAUUCCUCCAAAUGGCCUUUACAUGCAUGGAACAGUUGGCUGUGGAAAAACUAUGUUAAUGGAUCUAUUUUUUCACUGUUGUUCUAUGAAAAAAAAACGAAGGGUACAUUUUGAUGAAUUUAUGUUAGAUAUUCAUGACAGAAUACAUAAAUUACGAUUAAGCAGUAAAGGAAACUUUGACUCUAUACCUAUGGUAGCGGAUACAAUUGCAGAUCAGUCUUGGUUAAUUUGCUUUGAUGAAUUUCAGGUGACUGAUAUAGCAAAUGCAAUGAUUUUAAAACGGCUAUUUACUGAACUGUUCAAUAGAGGCAUUAUUAUGAUAGCAACUAGUAAUCGAAAACCAGAUGAUUUAUAUAAGAAUGGAUUACAAAGGUUUUUAUUCCUGCCAUUUAUACCAGUAUUAAAACAACACUGUAUGGUUGUGAAUCUAGAUUCAGGUAUUGACUACAGAGUUUUAAGAGCUAAAAACGGAACUAAAAGCUAUUUUGUAAAAAAUGUUGACAAAAAAGAAGAUUUUGAAAAUGCUGUUAAAAGGUUGACAAACAAUGAAAAUGAUACAGUAAGACCUAGAACAUUUGUUAUUAUGCAAAGAAACUUAACUUUUCAAAAAGUUUGUGGACAAGUUUUAAAUGCAACGUUUGAAGAAUUAUGUGAUCGUCCAUUAGGUGCUGUUGAUUAUUUAUAUUUAUCACAAAUGUUUCAUACAAUUGCAAUAAGAGAUAUUCCUCAAUUAGAUCUUGAUUCACUUUCACCAAUGCGACGAUUUAUAACACUCAUUGAUACACUCUAUGAUAAUAAAGUUUGUAUACUUUUGUAUGCUGAUAAACCAAUUAAUAAAUUAUUUGUAGCUAAAAAAUCAGGGGGUCUCGGAGAUGAUCAAAAAGUACUAAUGGAUGACUUAAAUUUGGAUUCAGAAUCAGCUGAUACUAAGGCAAAUGUUUUCACUGGUGAUGAAGAAAUAUUUGCAUUUGAUAGAACUAUAUCACGAAUCACAGAAAUGCAAUCCAAUGAAUACUGGCAAAAUUGUCGCUCAAAAGUUUAAUAUUAUUUUCUAUUAGGUUAUCUAAAGUUACCCUAUUUGGUUUCUCAUGAAAUCGUAGUUAAAAUUUAGUUUAUAAUUGGUUUUUUUCAUAGUAUUAUUUUU